CGUUCUGGUGACUGUCCAAAGAUUCCCUUGGGAUUUCCAUUCACCGAGUGACCCUGCGUUCAGGGCGACGCCCAGCUUGUUAAAGUCCCUGGUUGCAGGCGACUUCUCAGGAACUUUAUGAGAAUCUCAGUAUAUGGAAAAACUGCCCCUGUUCCAACUGGUGUGUAUCAAAAGGUCUCAGUAUAAUACCAGGACCAAUAUAUUGCAUAAGUCAGCCAGCCAUACACUUAAUGACUCCCAAAAUCUCAUGGACAUCUAAAGAAGCUCCAUGGCUUGUGCUGCUGUCAUGAUUCCUGGGUUGUUGCGAGGCUCUGCUGGCACCAUCUGCACUCAGGCGUCUUUGUUGAGAUUGACAGCUAGGUCAUUACGCCACCUUACUCUAACCAGCGUAAUGAAAUCCAAAAGGAAAACUGAUCACAUGGAGAGAACUGCAGAUGUCGUUCGCCGGGAGGUUGUGUCGACAGCUAAGGUGUGUGGAGCUGCCGAUGAGUCACCCUCAGUGAAGAGGCUCCGCCUGCUUGUUGCUGAAAAGGAUUUUUCCUUUAAAGCUGGCCAGUGGGUUGAUUUCUUUAUCCCAGGAGUCUCUGUGGUUGGUGGGUUCUCAAUAUGCUCUAGCCCCAGACUGCUAGAACAAGAGAGAAUAAUAGAAUUGGCAGUGAAAUACACAAACCACCCUCCUGCCCUCUGGAUUCACAAUCAGUGUGCACUUGACUCUGAAGUGGCCCUGAGAGUGGGUGGAGAGUUCUUCUUUGACCCUCAGCCCACAGAUGCUUCUAGAAACCUCGUGUUGAUUGCAGGAGGAGUAGGAAUUAACCCCCUGCUUUCCAUCCUGCGGCACGCAGCAGAUCUCCUCAGAGAGCGGGCUAACAAAGGAAGUGGAUACGAGAUAGGAACAAUAAAACUAUUCUACAGUGCCAGAAACACCAGCGAACUCCUGUUUAAGAAAAAUAUUCUCGAUUUAGUAAAUGAAUUUCCUGAGAAGAUCGCAUGCAGUUUGCAUGUUACGAAACAGACUACACAAAUCAGCACAGAACUCCAGCCAUACAUCACGGAAGGAAGAAUAAUGGAGAAGGAGAUAAGAGAUCAUAUUUCAAAAGAGACUUUGUUCUAUAUAUGUGGCCCACCUCCAAUGACGGACUGUUUCUCCAGGCAACUAGAAAACAGCCAUGUUCCCAAAGAACACAUCUGCUUUGAGAAGUGGUGGUAGCGAAUGGGAAGAGGCAGAAAAGAGAAAGAUGUGUGAUCUACUUAGGACAGUAACAGAUAUUAAACUAUUUGGGGCAAGAAAAAUUUACCUGUAUUUGAGUUGUCUUAUUUUUUAAGGCUGUGAACCAAGUGACCAAAUGAAGAAUAAAAGAAAAAGUUAGCCGACAGACUUGAAAGAUCAACCUUUUAUAAAGACUGAAUUGAUUAAACUAUUUUUUACUGUAUUGACUUUCUUUUAUUAAUAACUUCCAUUAUCUCAUGAUAUACCAUGAAUUGGUCAAUAUAGAUUUUUCUUGCCCUGAGGGGGAAAAAUCAUGUGAAAAUGUGGUUUGUAUGUGAAAUAUAGGCUCUCUUUAAAUUAUUUGACAGCAACUUGUAUAUCUUAUGUUCAAUAAAAUCUUUUAAACACAUUCUCAAUAGUUUUACUUUGAAAGUUCUUUAUAAUUCAAUGUCUUAGUUUACCUUAGCAUGGCUUGUAGCCUUACUCCUUUGGACCAUCCAAGUUAGGCUUGAAAAUGGAAAAUUAGGAAAACUGGUUUCGGGAAUUGAAUAGCCACCAUAUUUGCUUUCUUAAUAAUGAAUAUCGUUGGUAUGUAUUCCGAAUAAUUUCUUCUCAAAGGAAACCCUUCCUGUGUCAUGGCUGCCUGCCUUAACGCUAUAGGAGACGGGUUCCUGUUUGGGACAAAGGUGUUGGCGACUCUUGUGCUCCGUGUUGAAUCUGCCUUCAGUGGCCUAACUGGCUGGCUGUAGAAAUGUUCUUACGAUUGAUCAGGGGAUACAGAGCUGUUUCCAAUUCCUGCUUUUCUGCGUUUAUUUCAUUUCUUUACAGGGUUGUUGCUGGCACCAGCAGCUGCUUGACAUACAUUUAUUGAAUGACUGAAAGAAAGCAACUAACGUCUAAUUCCUUACUAAGUCUGGGGUGGAGGGAUGGCAGUCCCCGGAGUGGGUAGAGAAUGGGGGAGCCUCACUCCAAGGAUGCUUCAGUGAAACUGGUGGAAAGUACUAUAGACUGUAGUUCUUGUCUGUCUUUGUUUAGAUCUUUAAAAAUGUAGAAGUAUAUUUUAGAACAUAUUAUACAGCCACAGUAGUCAAAACAGCCUGGUACUGGUACAACAACAGGCACAUAGACCAAUGGAACAGAAUUGAGAACCCAGAUAUAAAUCUACCCACAUAUCAGCAGCUGAUAUUUGACAAAGGCCCAGUGUCAGUUAAUUGGGGAAAAGAGAGUCUUUUUAACGAAUGGUGCUGGCAUAACUGGAUAUCCAUUUGCAAAAAAAUGAAACAGGACCCAUACCUCACACCAUGCACAAAAACUAACUCCAAGUGGAUCAAAGACCUAAACAUAAAGACUGAAACGAUAAAGAUCAUGGAAGAAAAAAUGGGGACAAUGUUAGGAGCCCUAAUACAAGGCAUAAACAGAAUACAAAACAUUACCAAAAAUGACAAAGAGAAACCAGAUAACUCGGAGCUCCUAAAAAUCAAACACCUAUGCUCAUCUAAAGACUUCACCAAAUGAGUAAAAAGACCACCUACAGACUGGGAAAGAAUUUUCAGCUAUGACAUCUCCGACCAGUGUCUGAUCUCUAAAAUCUAUAUGAUUCUGUUAAAACUCAACCACAAAAAGACAAACAACCCAAUCAAGAAGUGGGCAAAGGAUAUGAACACACACUUCACUAAAGAAGCUAUUCAGGCAGCUAACAGACACAUGAAAAAAAGCUCUCGAUCAUUAGCCAUUAGAGAAAUGCAAAUUAAAACUGCGAUGAGAUUCCAUCUCACUCCGACAAGGCUGGCAUCAAUCCAAAAAACACAAAUGUUGGAGAGGCUGCGGAGAGAUUGGAACUCUUAUACACUGCUGGUGGGAAUGUAAAAUGGUACAACCACUUUGGAAAUCUAUCUGGCGUUUUCUUAAAAAGUUAGAACUGCCAUACAACCCAGAAAUCCCACUCCUCAGAAUAUACCCUAGAGAAAUAAGAGCCUUUACUCGAACAGAUAUAUGCACACCCAUGUUUAUUGCAGCUCUGUUUACAAUAGCAAAAAGCUGGAAGCAACCGAGGUGUCCAUCAACGGAUGAAUGGUGAAAUAAAUUAUGGUAUAUUCACACAAUGGAAUACUAUGCAUCGAUAAAGAAGUGAUGAACCUGUGAAGCAUUUCAUAACAUGGAGGAAACUGGAAGGCAUUAUGCUGAGUGAAAUCAGUCAAAUGCAAAAGGACAAAUAUUGUAUAAGACCACUAUUAUAAGAUCUUGAGAAAUAGUAUAAACCAAGAAGAACACAUUCUUUUGUGGUUACGAGAGGAGGGAGGGAAGGAGGGUGGGAAAGGGUUAUUUACUGAUUAGUUAGUAGACAAGAACUACUUUAGGUGAAGGGAAGGACAAUACUCAAUACAG